ACGAAGCCGAUGCUGAGCUAUGCAGUACCAGAUGUUAGGUGAGCCACUAUGUCAUUACUAGGGAUGACACUGGAAGAGAACCUCUCCCAGGACAUCCGCAGCCCAAGAGACCUGCCAGCCUGCUCCACUGGAGAGACGCUACGACUGCCCCAUGAGCUUCGGGCUGAUAUUCCUGUGGGAGACUUUCAACGGCUUAAUUUCAGUCCACAAUGACAGCCAGGAUGUCGCCAAAGAUGUGCCCGUAAAGGUGGAGUUACUGACUCCGUCUCACCGUCAUCUGCUCCUGUCAGAGCCCCCCCUUCCCCAGCUGGACCCCUCCGCCUGCGAGGAGAGGAUCAUCUCGCACGAGGUCAAGGAACCUGGAGAACACAGUUCGGAGGUGCCUGUGUUUGGAAAAGAUAACCUUCUUCCUCCACGGAACAUCCGUCAACACCUGUACAAAUUGACUCCCCUCAGUCCUCUACAAACUUCCGGCAUGGUCAGUAAUGUGCAGGUAGGAAAGAUGGAUAUCGUGUGGCGAUCUCGGUUUGGAGAGAGGGGCAGGAUCCAAACUGGAUAGCUCAAAGCCACACUGCCUUGACUCCCGCAGUUGAAGGUGACGGUGGUGGAGUCACCAGGUACCGUCAGUCUGGAGAGACCGUUCACAAUCACUCUCAGAGUUUACAACGGAAGUGGUGGACCAAUGAGGCUUCGAUCUGUGCUGGAGAAACAUCCAGGAGCUGGCAUCCUCUGGACUGGCGUGACGGGGAAGGUCCAUAAUGAGCUGCCUGCUGGAGGUUCAAUGGACAUGGUAGUCUCUCUGCUACCAGUUCUUCCUGGACUACAGAGCUUCAGUCCCCUGCUAUUUGUGGAUGUGCUGUCAAAUCAAAAGAAGUAUCAUUUCAAUAAACUCGGACAAGUUUUUGGAGAUAUACAACCACCGGAAACAUUAAGUAGUGCAUACUCAUUGUCUGUAAACAAAUUGGUGUCUCUCUUUACUU